AGUUGCGUGGCGCUCAAACAAAAGACAAAUCGACGAGAUUUGAAAAUCGUAACUCUGGGUUCGCAUAAGUCGGGGUAGCGUAAGUCGAAGUAUUACUGUACAAUGAGUACAAGAGAAGUCCAACAAAGGUUUUACAACACCGGCAAGGAAAACUCACCCAAGGAAGUGCAUUGUCAAGACAGCUGAAAUCAUUCAAAGGGCUCAGGAGCUGAUUUUUGAGGAUCCAGGUCAGUUGAUCUGAAAAUUGUUGUCAGUUGUUGAUGUGAGCAAGAAAACUAUGCAUAGAAUCGUCAAAGAGGACCUCUGUGUUACGAUAUGUACUGGUGGCGACACACAGCGGCCAACGAAAGUGAUUAGGUUGUCAGUUGUCUGUCAUACAGCCCAUCACAAGUGUCUCCUCUUUAGUAGUAAUAAAUAAUAAUUUAAGUUUUGUCAGUCUUGUGCAUUAUACAACAUAUAAUAUAACAUGGUGUCAGAAUUAUAGUCGUCGUCGUCGUCGUUUUCCUACUAGCAGCAGCUCGAAAUAAUGAGUUCACCGGUCAGUAACGCAGGUCAGCCAUCUUUAACUUUAUCCCGUUUAAGUGGUCAACAGGAACUAUCUGACAAACCAGUUCCAUCAUUAUUAUUAAAAGGAAAUUUAGCUCAUAACUGGUCAAUCUGGUAUCAGAAAUUUAAAAUAUUUUUGCACGCUAGUAAUUUAGAAAGUGAAACUGAUUCCCGUAAAGUCGCAAUAUUUUUACGUUUUGUGGGAGAAGAUGCGUUACAGGUUUUCAAUUCCUUUAACUUGGAUAUGGACAAUUGUCAAUAUUUGGAUGUAGUAAAAAAAUUUGAGUCUCAUUGCAAACCUAAAACUAAUCUCACGAUUGAGAGAUAUAAUUUUUUGACCAGAAGACAAAAACCAGACGAGUCAAUCGAAGACCUUGUAACUGCACUUAAGAACCUAAGCCUAACAUGCGAGUUCGAUAGUCUCCGAGAGAGUUUGGUCCGAGACAUGUUUAUUGUAGGUUUGUCAUCAAAUAAUAAAGUCAUCAGAGCUAGGCUACUUCAGGAAGAAGGCUUAACCUUAACAAAGGCCACCAGCAUAGCCAAAAGCAUCAAAAUUACUCAUCGUCAGGCGGAGCAGAUUGAAAAGAACAGUGAUGCACAGAUACUCAAAGUCAAAAAGUCCAAUCACAACAGCACUCAUCAUGGAAAUCUACGAAAUAAAGCAACAAGUAGCGGAAGGAAGACAAGUCUUAGGUGGUCAUCGAGAAUCGUUAUUGUCAUUCUUAAGGUUUCAUCAAACAGGUCAGGACAAUCAAUUAUUAUGUACGCGUUGUGGACAGGUACACCGAAAUAAAUGUCUGGCUAUAAAUGCUGGCUGCAAGCUUUGUAACAAAGUAGGUCAUUAUGUGAAAUGUUGUCGCACUAGACAAGUAAAAUAUGUUAAUGUUAGUGAUGAUCGCGACCAUGAUAGUAAUAAGUCGGAUCUCUGUCAUUAGAUCUAUUAAUAGUAAUAACAAUUGGUUAAGUGAGCCGUGGAUCCUAAAACUUAAGAUUAAUAACAAAGUGUUAGAAUGUAAUUUGGA